AUGAUAAUGAUAAUGAUAACAGUGAUAAUGAUAACAAUGAUAAUGAUAACAGUGAUAAUGAUAACAGUGAUAAUGAUAAUGAUAACAGUGAUAAUGAUAACAGUGAUAAUGAUAAUGAUAACAGUGAUAAUGAUAACAGUGAUAAUGAUAAUGAUAAUGAUAAUGAUAACAGUGAUAAUGAUAAUGAUAACAGUGAUAAUGAUAACAGUGAUAAUGAUAAUGAUAACAGUGAUAAUGAUAACAGUGAUAAUGAUAACAGUUAUAAUGAUAAUGAUAACAAUGAUAAUGAUAACAAUGAUAAUGAUAACAGUGAUAAUGAUAAUAAUAAUUAUAACUGUGCGUUUUCUCCUCAGUGACCUGAUGGCCACCCUGAGCCGGACCAUGAAUGACACAGAGCAGACCUUGGUCCAGGUUCAGGACUCGGAUUUGGCAGCACAGACCAAAGUGGACUCUGUGAUGGCGGACUCUCAGAAACUGGAGCAGAUGGUGAAGAAGCUGCUGGACCAGGUGGAGUUCAUCAAGAACUCUGACAUUAGAGGUAAGUUUGGUCUACCUGUGAAGGUUUAAGGUCUAAGACUGAUCCAGACUUCAUCAGAGACCCGGUCUCAGUAAUACCAUCUCUGACAAGGAUCGAUGAGUUUUAACGUCUAUUGACGUGAUCGCCCUAGAAAAGGUUGUCCUCCACUCCGUCACUAUAGAGUGUCUAACCCCCCCCACCCCGGCCCGGACCGGCAGUGUGAGACCAUCUGAACGGUGUCUGUGUUUGAAAUCUUGGAUUGUUGUUUGCUGUUCUAGUUCCCAAACUUCUCAGUAUAAUUCUGUUAUUUCUAUGACCUUCUGGUCUUCUGUAAGAGAUCCUGAUCUCAGAGAUCCUGUUCUCAGUGAUCCUGAUCUCAGAGAUCCUGAUCUCAGUGAUCCUGUUCUCAGUGAUCCUGAUCUCAGUGAUCCUGUUCUCAGUGAUCCUGAUCUCAGUGAUCCUGAUCUCAGAGAUCCUGAUCUCAGAGAUCCUGAUCUCAGUGAUCCUGAUCUCAGAGAUCCUGAUCUCAGUGAUCCUGUUCUCAGUGAUCCUGAUCUCAGUGAUCCUGUUCUCAGUGAUCCUGAUCUCAGUGAUCCUGAUCUCAGAGAUCCUGAUCUCAGAGAUCCUGAUCUCAGUGAUCCUGAUCUCAGUGAUCCUGUUCUCAGAGAUCCUGAUCUCAGAGAUCCUGAUCUCAGUGAUCCUGAUCUCAGUGAUCCUGAUCUCAGAGAUCCUGAUCUCAGUGAUCCUGAUCUCAGUGAUCCUGUUCUCAGUGAUCCUGAUCUCAGAGAUCCUGUUCUCAGAGAUCCUGAUCUCAGUGAUCCUGUUCUCAGAGAUCCUGAUCUCAGUGAUCCUGAUCUCAGUGAUCCUGAUCUCAGAGAUCCUGAUCUCAGUGAUCCUGAUCUCAGAGAUCCUGUUCAGGUUCACCUGUUAGAGUUUCCUCUUCAGGUCGAUUAUCUGAGGCUCCCUCACUUUACAACCUCUCUUACAUGAUUGGUUCAUCCUCUUUGUCACCAGGGGCGACGGACAGUGUCACCAAGUACUUCCUGCAGUCACAGGCGGCCGAGGUCCGGGCCAACGCCUCGGUCAGUGACCCCAACAGUCCCGUGGAAACCUCUGCAGCUCUGAGGAAACUCACCGACGACAAGCUAAACCAAACCAGGGAGGAGUUUCUGAGGAGACACACUGAGCAUGCUCAAAGACUCGACGACCUCGCAGGAGAGCUGCAGACUCUGGACCUAUCAGAGAUCAGCCACAAGGUUUGGUUCCUGGCUAGAGCACAUGUUUAGCAGGUCCAGCUUUGGUUCAAAGUCUAGUAAAGUGUGUGGAGCAGGUUCUGUGGGUCUGUGGUUCCCCCUGUAGUUCCAGCUGUGGUUCCGUCUGUGGUUCCACUUUCUCUUUUUCAGUUCAGGGUUCAGACACGGAGUCAAAUGUUCAUCAGGGACUUUGUAGACGAGGCCGUGAUGUUCUCGUUCAUCAGUCUACCGAAGGCGUCUUCAUGUCUGUCUGUUUUACUCUUUCAGACCUGUGGUCGAUCCUCAUCAGGUCAGGAACCAUGUGGAUCCUCUCCCUGUGGAGGUCUGGGCUGUGUGGACUCUCAGGGUGGCACCAGGUGUGGCGGCGAGGACUGUGACGGCGUGGUGACCACAGCAGGUCGAGCCUGGGACAAGGCCAAAGACUCUGAACAGAAGAUACUGGGAGCCAUGGAGGAGGUGGAGAAACUCUCCAAGAUGGUGAGUCAGACAGGUCCUGGUCUGACAUGGAGUUUGUUCAGGUCGGCUUGAGGUGGUCCACUUACCCGAGUCACUUUUUUCAGGUGUCGGACGCCAAACUGAGAGCAGAUGAGGCGAAACUGAGCGCUCAGGACGUCCUGCUGAAGACCAACAGAACCAAAGUGAAGCUGGACCAGAGCAACGAGGAGCUGAGAGACCUCAUCAAACAGAUCCGAGACUUCCUCACACGUACGUCCACUUCCUGUUUCCUCACACCCUCUGAACUUCCUGUGAAGGUCUCACCUUUCCUGAACAGAUGACCAAGAACAAUCAUCAGCAGUGUUCAGGGUCCACAAAGUCCUGUGACGUGGAUCAGCAGAGGCCCUGAGCCCAGUCAGAUCUAAAAAACCGGCGCUCAGACAUUUCAGGUUCACCUGUUCAUGUUUGGAUGGAUCACAUGACCACUCAGGUGGGGCCUGAACCUGUUAUUCCUGUUUCAGAGGACGCUGCAGACCUGGAGAGCAUCGAGAUGGUUGCUAAUGAGGUCCUGGCCAUGCAGAUGCCGACCACGCCGGCUCAGAUGCAGAACCUGACCAAUGAGAUCCGACAGAAGGUGGGAGAGCUGGGUCAUGUGGAGACCAUCCUGCAGCAGAGCGCCGACGACAUCCAGAGAGCAGAGAGUCUGCUGGAGCAGGCCCGCCGAGCCAGGUGAGCGCCCCCCGUCCAUCUAGACCUGACAGUCCUGCAGGAGUCCUGCUCCUGAUCAGGGGAUCCUGAUGUCAUGUUUUUACGCAUUUACGACAAAAACCUGUAAAGUAACAAAGUCUGGUGACCACAAUAACCAGACGUCUGCAGAGUUUCAACCAGGAGGAAAAAUCUCCGACGGUCUGAGAUUCACUCAAAUUCAAGACUCUCCUUCCUGGUUCGUCUGAACUUUCUCAGUGAGAAACAGGAGGAUGUUUCUGAUCUGAAAAUCACGUAAAGAUAUAAAAGAGGAAUCAGAGAGGAAGUGAAAAAAAAAAGAGUGAAAAAAAUGUAGAAGAACCUUUUUUAAAGUCAGAGUCUGCAGGAGGAACCAAGAGUCUGAACCGUUUGACUUCACCUCUCUUUGUUUUUGUCAGUGAGGAGGCGGCCGACGUUAAAGAGUCUGCACAGGCUGUAAAGGCGGCGCUACAAGAAGCAGAGAGAGCUCAGACCGCCGCAAGUAACGCCAUCCAGCAGGCCGCCACCGACAUCCACAGCACCAACAAACUGCUGUCCUCAGUCAGUACUAAGUCCUGGUCCCAGAGUCUAAUAUACAUUAUCUUUAAUGAUAACUACAUAACCAUCAUCACAUCCACUGUUAACAUUACACUAACUUUAUUGACAUUUAUUAUUCUUAAUGACUUCCUGUUGGUUUCGCUGAUCUAACGUUAGUUUCACUGAUAUCACGCUGAUUUUAUCAUCUUCGUCACAUUUAAAACGUCUGUGUCUGUGCUGCGUUCAGGUGGAGUCGGAGACGGCAGACGCAGAGCUGAGACUUAAUAAUGCCACUCAGAGGCUGCAGAGGCUGGAGAAAGACGUGGCCAUGAUGAGAGACAAAGCUCUGAACGUCACUCUGAGCACCGAACGGACCAAUCAGGACGCUGAGGACAUCGAGAAGAUGGCAGAGGAAGUGAAAAAGGUGAAUUUACCUGUGAGGUGAUCAUCAUCUCAGGGAUCACAGAGGAGGUCUGUCAGUCUCUGUUUCAUGGAGUUAAUAAAAGUUCACUGACAGUGACGACCGUCACCACUGAGUUCACUGAAACACCAUCAAAUAAUAAAGAAAAAUACGACCAUCACACAGGACAUGAUUAUAGAAAUACCUCUUCAUUAUAUAUAAUUAUGUGUAGUUAUUGCUUUACAUCUAAUAUAUAUAUAUAUAUAUAAUACUGAUACAUAUAUAUUAAUAUAAAUAUAUUUUAUAAAAUAUUGCAGUAGUUCAAACCAAAUAAACACUUUAUAUUUUAUGAAUGUGUGUUUGUGUGUAUUUUUGUGAGUAGGAACUUAACUCUGAGCUGAAGGAUCGGUACUCUACAGUGGAGGAGCUGAUUGGUCAGAAGGCUGGGGGCGUGGCCGAGGCUAAGAAGAGGGCGGAGUCACUGCAGAAGGUGGCCAAAGAGCUUCUCCUCAAAGCCAGCGACAAACUACAGCUGCUCAAAGGUGAAACCAUGGCGACGUUAUUGUGACAUCAUUGGUUUUGUUUUAGUGUCCCGCUCAUAAUGUUGUUGUUGUUGUUGUUGUUGUUGUUGUUGUUGUCUCGUUGUGGUUAAUGUUGUUGUUAUUUUCAUUGUUGUGGUUGUUGCUGCUGUUGUCUUUGUUGAAUGCUGUGUCAUGUUGUUCUGUGUUGUUGUGAUUGUUGUUGUGAUUGUUGUUGUGGUUGUUGUCUUUGUCAUUUUUGUUGUCAUUGUUGUGGUUGCCGUUGUUGUGUAAUGUGCACUGUGGUGAUGCGGUUGUCAUCAUUCUUAUUGUCAUUGUUGUUAUUGUGGUUGUUGUCUUUGUUGUUACCUCCGCCAAGGAGGUUGUGUUUUCGGUAGGGUUGGUUUGUUUGUUUGUUUGUUUGUUUGUUUGUUUGUUUGUUUGUUUGUUUGUUUGUGAACAACUUUACGGAUUGACCUAAAAUUUUCACCAGAGGUGCGUCUCACCCCCAAGAGGAUCCCGUUACAUUUUGGUGGUGAUCCGGAUCGCCUUCUGGAUCCAGGAAUUUUUUGAAGGAUUCUGUAUCAUUGUGAGAUAGGGCACAUUUUGGAAUUUUAGCAUUUAACUCUCUAAAAAUGGUCUUUAGUCUUUGGUCUUUGGUAAAAAAUGACACAGAAGGAUCUCAGUGAGUUUUAUGAGGUGUCAAAGGUUGAUCCUGAUCCAGACAAAAUUCUGGAUACCGUGAGCUGCUUGGCGGAGGUCUGCGCUCUCCGAGUGCGUUUCUAGUUUUUGUUGAUGUUGUUGUUGUCAUUGUUGUCAUUCUUGUGGUUGUUGUCUUCAUUGAACAGCGUCACAUGUUGUUCUGUGUUGUUGUUGUUGUUGUCGUCUUGGUUGUUGUCGAUGAACACCGUGUGACGUCACCGUUUGCUUUUCUCGGUCAGACCUGGAGAAGUCGUAUGAGGAGAACCAGCGCUCUCUGGAGGUGAAGGCGGAGCAGCUGGUGGAGCUGGAGGCUGCGGUCAAGACUCUUCUUCAGGAGAUCAGCCACAAGACCACAGUCUACAGUACCUGUGUAUUUUAGUGUCAUCGGUCACAGCACCUGUGAGUUCUAGGGUCAAAGGUCACGCUGUAUAUCAAUAAUCAUGACACCUGUUUCAUAAAUAUUUUUUUCAGUCUUUGCAACAAAAAAAGACCCAAAGAUGAAAUAUUUUAUUUUUUAAAAACUUUUAUUUAGUCUGAACAAAAACCAAAGAUUCACUGUUUUUAAAGAUACUGAAUCAUCAUUUUUUGAGAGUUCAUCAACUUCUCAUUUUGACAGUGAGCUUCUCUGAGAUAAAGACUAAAAAUAAACUCUCAUGAUUGUUUAUUAUUUUCACACCAACGUCUGUUCUGCGUCAGUUUGAAACUCUGAUCAAAUUUGAUGAAUUUACACUAAAAAACCAACGACUGACCUGAAAGUGAGCGUUCAUCAGACAGUCUUUAAAAAUGUUGAAAUGUUUUUUAAAGGUUUCAUUUAGUUUGAUCUAUCAAUAAAUGUGUUAACCAUGAGAAUGCAACUUUUUUUACUUCCUGCUUUAACCUUUUCAACGUGACCAAAAUCAUUUUUAAUAAAAGUUUCAAGUUAAAGUCAAA